AUGGCCUCUUACUCCGACCUCAAGAACUUUCCCAAUUUGACAAGAGACGAGUUCGCCGAGGUCUGCCAUCAUUUUGACAACCGUUAUGUCCAGGCAACAUUAGGUGCCCUUCGUCGAAGAUGGAAGAUGAGAGUCUUCAGCGCCUUUGACAUAGCAUUUGGCCUGGGCGCCGACUGCACCACCUAUAUCCAAAUUAUACGACCCCUUGAAGCAACCCUGGACCCUGACGAUCUGUCGUUGUUCUUGGACGGCUUCUCCUUUGGCAGCCAGGCGAAACCAGAGUCUCACGCGCUGGAGCUCGACCAUGCCAUGAUGGAUGCCGAAGAGUCGGAUGAGGCCGCCAUGCCCAGGAAGCGAGCACCGCCCGAUUCGGGACAUGUUGUCUACGAGAUUCACCUUCACCCCACAUAUCAGAUGCCUUGUCUCUGGUUCACGCUGCACGGGUUGCCGGCGGACGAGCCCCCAUUCGACAUCGAUACGGUCUUCAGGAGGCUGGUGCCCGACCAGUACAAGAGCGCCCUACGCGGCACAGGACCCAUCGGCGGCAUCUCAUGCGAUCAUCACCCCCUCACGGGAGUCCCAUCCUUCUACGUCCACCCUUGCCUGCUCGGCGAUGCCAUGGCCGGGUUCGAGUGCUCCAAGGAGAACUACCUGAUGGCUUGGCUCGGGUUGGUCGGCGGCUGUGUUGGGCUCUGGGUGCCCAAAGAGAUGGCUGAGGUAGCCCGUCCGUCGUGGGACUUCCCGUAG